AAAAUUAAGGUUAGUAUACAAAUAGUGGACAUCUUAAUUCUUCAACAACCGGUGAAUUACCUCUAGUUUGAUAUAGUUCGGAGUGAUUGUUCAUUUUUUAAAUUAAAUGCUGCACCGAAGGUGUCUACUUACCUCAUACAUGAUGUUUAUAAUACAUUUAGAUUAACUGAAGAAUUUCAUUGAAUCAAUCAACAAUGGAUGUUACAAUGAAAAAUGCAAGUAGAGGAAGCAGCUGGGUCUGUCCAAAUGAUAGACAUUUAGCACUAAGGGCAAAGUUGAGGACAGGCUGGUCUGUAAAAACUGGUUCUUUAGAUUCAAACUGGGGUCAUUGUUCUAAUUUUUAUUCAAGUGGUACAAAUCGAUGCGCGCAGUCUUUUGUACUUACCGAAGAAGAGCAACAGACAAUCAUACAGGUCAUCCAACGAGCUGAAGCUUUGGAUUUGUCAGAACAGGAAAGGAUUGGUAGAUUGGUAGAAAGAUUGGAAAACAUGAAACGUAAUGUAUGUAUGGUCACAACGACAAGAUUGAAUGAAAGAAAGAACUGCAGUAGCAGAUGCUCUAGAAGCGCGCAUUGCACAUGCUCUUGUGCUCUUUGUGGUGAGAAAUUUGGUACUGUAUUAGGCGCGACACCGAGUCUCUGCAAAGAUUGUCGUAAAUACAUAUGCCAGAAGUGUGGCAUUGAAACGAACGAUCUUAAUUCAAUGUUUUCAAACAUUCCAACAAUGAGAGAGAAAGCACAAGAAACAACAACUAUGCAACGAAUCAUUAAACGAUCUAGCAGCAGUCAGAAACAGUAUCUUUGUCGAAUAUGCGCUGAGACCAGAGAAAUGUGGAAAAAGAGUGGUGCUUGGUUUUUUAAAGGAAUGCCAAAGUAUAUCUUACCAGAGAAAAAGGAACGAGGAUGGUCGAGAUCCGUUCACAAAACAUCUACUUGGAUAAGUGGAGGUAAUAAAUCUCUUGAAUCAUCUGAACUUCAAGAUUCUUCUUCCGACGAAGAAGCAACGAGACGUUUAGCAUUAGCCAGAAGACAAUCCAGUUCAUUCUCCAGCUUACAAAAGAAUCAAGACAGUAUUACUAACAAAACUCAUUCAUCAUUUUCAAAUUCUGCUCAAUCAACCAGCAGCAUAUGUAAAACACCAUCAGGGCAACCAUCGAACGGUCUUUCACCAUUGAAUAACCGUGACGAAUGUUCAGAUCAAUUAGAUAAAUCAACUCUAUCGAUUACCUCUCAGUGCAGUCGCCUUUCACCGACUAGUCCUCGUUCACGAACAAAUAGUAAAACCGCUAACGAUUAUCAAAUCGAGCAACGUGUAUCGUUCGAAGAUGAGAUCAUGGAUGAAAAGAACAAAAAAUUUCACGAUAUUAACGAUUCGAAUGAUGACGUUCAUAAAGCGGAAUUCAAUUCACGUAAUCAAUCUAAAAUCUCUCAGGUACAAUCACUCAGAUCGAAUUCUUCGACGACGAUGGAACAGUUCCAAGUUCACGAGAAAUGCACAAAUCAGGAAGGAAGUCGAUCGUGUUCAGAACAGGAGAAUCUGUUCAACAUUCCACGACUACAAAGGUGGGAAUGCGAAACGGAACAAAGUUAUGGAACUCUAGAAGUCUCCUUGCGAUACGACCCAGCGGUUCAGUGCCUCCAAUGCAAAGUGGAACGAGCACGAGGUUUACGACCAAUGGAUAUUCACGGUCUUGCCGAUCCAUUCUGCAAACUCAACAUACUACCAGUAGCAACAAUCACGACUACGAAACGACUUCGAACAAAAACAGUUCACAAAACCCGGGAUCCGGAGUUCAACGAGAUACUAAACUUCUAUGGGACAACAGAAACCGAUGUAUGGAACGGGAAAGCAUUGCACAUCAUGAUACUCCAAGACGAUCAAGCAGGACAAGACUUUCUAGGAGAAGCGAAGUUUCCUCUGCACGAGUUACAACCACGUCAAACGAAACAUUAUAAUGUUUCGCUACAAGAUCAUUAUCCAGUGGACAAUGAAGAGGCAGCUUGGGGCGUAUUUCCUACUGGACGUGGACAAAUUCAUCUGAGUCUAGGCUACUGUACAAGACGUGGAGCAUUGAUGGUUACAAUUCACCGAGCUACCAAUCUUCUUCCUAUGGACAGCAACGGAUCAUCUGAUCCAUUUGUCAAGUUGUGCCUUAUAGAAAAUGUGACGAACAAUCAUCGACAGCAUAUUUUCGACUAUUCGUUUGCACGUAUUACUAUUAGGAAGCUAGUGUCGAGAAAAGUUACAAAUUCUAAUUCACAAAAUACCAGAGUCAAAUGGAAAACUUUAAAUCCAGAAUGGAACGAAGAGUUUGCUUUUGCUGCUCGAUUAACAGACCUCAUGAAAAUUACGUUAUGUCUUACUGUAUGGGAUAAGGACUUCGGUAAAAGUAACGAUUAUCUAGGCGGACUUGAGUUAAGUUGUAACAGUAAAGGAGCCCGAUUACGACAUUGGAUAGACGCAAUCAAAUUUCCAGAUCAUCGUCAUCAAGCUUGGCACAACUUAACUGAUACUAUUUUGCCUACAGAAUGAAAGAUAAUAUUUCUAUUUUUCUUAACAUACUACUCGAGACAUUUUAAUAAGACCUGUAAUCAAUGUGAAUUAUAUAAUCUACAAAAUAUAAUUUAUUUACACAUGAUCUACACAAUAUUGCUCAAAGUGUAUUACUUAAAAACAAAAAAGAUAAGUGGAAAGUUUUACAACAAAAUAGGAAUUAGAGGAAAAGAAGAUUUAUUUGAAAGAUUUUAAUACAUAGUUCAUUGUUUUAGCUAUCACUAGAGUCCUCUUCAGCUUCUUCCAACCAUUGAAUAAAUGGUUUGAUCGCGGUUCGUAUUUUAUUUCUUUGAAAUGUGUCUGCAUCAUUAUCAUUAAAUUCAUACCAUUCCAAAA